AAUUUGACAUUUGAAUUUUGACAAUAAUUUGCUUUGUAAUCAUGGCGUCUGAGCGCUACAGUUUUUCUCUAACAACAUUCAGCCCGUCAGGUAAAUUAGUACAAAUCGAAUAUGCUCUAGCCGCUGUAGCCGCCGGCGGGACGUCUGUCGGUAUUAAAGCAUCAAAUGGAGUUGUGAUAGCAACAGAAAACAAGCACAAAAGUUUCCUCUAUGAUGAGCAUAGUGUGAAUAAAGUGGAGAUGAUCACUGGCCAUAUUGGCAUGGUGUACUCCGGCAUGGGCCCGGACUACCGGCUGCUGGUGACGCAGGCCCGCAAGAUGGCACAGCAGUACUUUCUCAUGUACCACGAGCCCAUCCCCACCGCGCAGCUGGUGCAGAGGGUUGCCACCGUCAUGCAGGAGUACACACAGUCCGGCGGUGUCCGUCCGUUUGGAGUGUCACUGCUGAUCUGUGGCUGGGACAGCGACCGCCCCUACCUGUUCCAGUGCGACCCGUCCGGAGCAUACUUCGCGUGGAAAGCCACUGCGAUGGGCAAGAACUUCAACAAUGGCAAGACCUUCCUCGAGAAAAGGUACACAGAAGAAUUGGAGCUGGAUGAUGCAGUCCACACGGCAAUACUGACUCUCAAAGAAGGGUUCGAGGGCGCAAUGACGGCCGACAACAUCGAGGUGGGGAUCUGCGACGCGAGCGGGUUCCGUAGGCUCGAGCCCGCCCACGUUAAAGACUACCUCGCGAAUAUUCCCUAAUAUGUAUCAGUGUGUUAAAUAAAUGAAGGUUUUCCGUUUUGUA